AUGGGAUGCAAACCAUCAGAAGUAAGGAUAUAUGUGCCAUAUACCAUCAGAUUUAAUUUGUUUGUUGCUUUGAAGUCUAUACAAGCACUUGAUUUAAGUGGAAGCCAUAUAAUUGAGCUGCCAAGUUCUAUAGGGAAUGUGGUACAUUUAUGUUACCUUGAUCUUUCGUUUACUUUAAUUGAGAGUUUACCUGAAUCCAUUGAUCAGCUUCAUCAACUGCAAACCUUGAGACUUGAAGGGUGUACGCAUUUAUAUAACCUUCCUGAUGGAAUGAAGGUGCUAAUUGGCCUUCGUUAUUUGGAUUUUGAUGUUUUGGGCCAGCUAACUUGUAUGCCCAAAGGUGUAGGAGCUCUUACCGAGCUUUGCACACUAUCAGCAUUCAUUGUAGAGUCUGGAGAGGGUUGUACCAUUAGAGAACUUAAGUACAUGAAUAACCUUAAAGGAAGUUUUUGUAUUUCUGGUUUGGAAAAUGUGGCUGAUCAUGAAGCCCAAACAACUACUUUAUCUGAUAAAAAGUACCUUACUCGGUUGCAACUAAGAUGGAAUGACUUCAAAUCUUACGAUGAUCAAAAGCGAAGUGACAUAUUUUGGACUACUAAUUAUCUUGAGCCAAAUUCAUGUUUGGAAGAGUUGCAAAUAUUAUAUUAUCCUGGCUUAAAAUUGCCACCUUGGAUAGGCUCUCCAUUGUUUAAGGAGCUUGUUAGUAUAACCCUCCUCAAGUGUGCAAUAAAAGAACUCCAUACCAAAUUAGGAAAGUUACCGACUCUCAGGUAUCUGAAUAUUACUUUCAUGUACGAAUUGACAAAUAUUGAUUACAGGGUUCAUAGGUAUUAUGGUGAAGAUCCCGGCAGUUUUCCUAAAUUGGAGGCACUACGAAUUGAUGGCAUGCCUAAAUUAGCAACUUGGGAUGGAGUAUGUUAUGGUGAUUUUCCACUUCUUACGGAGCUUGUUGUAAGGCAAUGCCCCAAGCUGAGUGUGCUUCUGUUUCUUCCACAUCUUCCCUCCUUGAGGCAUCUAGAAAUAAGCCACUGCAAAGUGCUGAAAUCUCUGUCACAUGGACCAACAUUGUCAACGUCACUAGAAACUCUUGUAAUAGAUGCUUGUCCUUUGUUGAAAAAGAGAUACAUGAGGGGAGGUGAAGGCUGGUUCGAGAUUGAAUAUAUUCCAGAUAUAACAAUUGAUUUGAAAGAUGUUCGUUCUACUCAAGAAGAUGGUGCUGAUGAUGAUACUUCGUCUGCAGGUUCAAAUUCAGAUAGUUAUUAUUCUGAGGGUUUAGACAAUGAUGUACAUCCUUAUGACUCCUGCUAG